CCAGAAGCCGUUGUCGGGAGGUAGUGGUAGUAUGCAUAUUUCGAGAACAUGGCUUCGUGGAAAUGUACAGGUUAUGUUAUUUUAGGUACCACAAUUGUUGUUUUAAUAAUUCUCCUCAAUUUCGAUUAUUUACCGAAAAGAAGGUUAUCUGAAGAGCUAGAGCUAACCACAAAAAGUAGUUACAGAGAAUCCAUUUCGACCGGACGACCCACCGAAAGAACGGCCACAGGUGACACAGCGAAGGUGAGGCUAUUAAAAUUGCAUGCUGAGUUUCUUAUUUGGUAUUUUGUCGGUUUGAUAAGGCCGAAAAGUUUUUUAAGUAAAAUUACGAUUUAUGUAUUACGAGAAAGCUUUCAAUUUUAAAAUCAUUUCCCGGAACUUUCCUAAUAAAGGGAGUUACUGUUUAAAUAGAUGCCAAAUUACGUUGCAACUCUGUCAAUUCACGAUAGAGUGGUGGAACAAUGAGCUUUGAAAUUUCGAUGUAAGCUUCCAAAUAUACGUUGAAGAUGCACUCGUUAAAUUUUUUAAUUUAAGUUUGAUAUCAAGGGCUUUUUAAUUCCUCUUUUUUUCUCAGAUUUUAGAAUACUUAAAUCUACUAAUUAUGAAAAAGAAAAGUGUUUGUGCAUGAAAAUAUUAAAAGCGUGCGUGCACAUUUAUUUUGCAAAUUUUGUACGUCUCUUUUCUAACAGAGGUAUAAGUGUACUUGGCUUCGUGGUUAUGAAUUACGUAAAAAUUACUUCAUUGAAAGAAUUCAAGUCAAUAACAAAAUGAAAACGAAACGUAGUAGACACGUUGUAUUGUUGCAAUCGCUGCUUCCACCUUUGAACUCAAAGUUCGUGUUAAAUUUAAUUAUAACCUCUGGAUUGUUUUUUUUUAGGAUGACGAUGGAAAACUCUCAGUUGAGCAGUACAAGAAACAAAUAAUGAAUUGGAGUUGCUCUGAAAAGUCUUCCUCUCCAAUGGUAGUUAUUUAUGAACGUGUCUCCAAGACCUAAUGCAUUUAGUUUUUUGUAUCUUUUUGGUAUUAUCAAGUGAGACUUCUACUUACGAUUUAAAUGUGUUUUUUUUUCAUGAUGCAGGACAAUUUGCCUGAGCUAACAUUUGAUGAUGUAAAAAAUUUUGAUUGGAAUUGUAGUGGUUUCCCUUCAACACCACAGGUACAGCAUAUAUUUUGUUACUCAUGCAUUUCUUUCUUUUUAUUUUAAAUCUACUCUAGUAAAAGGUGACAAAAUUAUGCAGACAUCACAUAUGACAGAUUAAGAUCCAAAGAGACAAAAAUAUGCAUCAGAAAUUUAAUUUCUGUCCAUUUCUUUGUUGUUUUGAAAGAAUUUAACUAUUUGUUUAGUACUUGUUUGGUGUAUACUUAAACAACUAUUUACCUCCACUUUGGUGAAUAAUUGUUACUAGUAAUUUUUAUAUCUCUCAGUUAGUAUGUGCACUAUGAUUUAUCCAUGUAGUGGGUCAUAUUUCACUGUACAGCCCACUUAAGUCAAAUAUUUGUUUGAAAUGAAAUCUUCCCCUUCUAUUUGAACCCACAAAUAUAACCAAUAUCUUACUGACCUCAUUUUCUCAAUCAGUACUGUAAGUUACUUAAUAACCUUGUUUUUCGUUUUGCUUGGAUUUAUGGCCCAUAUACCUCACACUUAGGCCAUAAAUCCAAGCAAAAAAAACUUGGUCUGUAACUUACAGUACAGACCUGGAACUCAGUUAGUAAAAGGUAUAUAUUGAUUGUUAAGAAUAGAGCAUUUGCUCUAUCCUUUUAAAAAUAUUGCAUUGGAAACUCUUCUUUCUGGUUAAGAUUUUUAACAAAGUGUUAAAGAGAAAUUUAAAAUAGCAUUGCAUUACUCUUAGAAUAUCUUCUCAUUAAAUUUUAUUUUACACAGGAAACAGAUGAUAACGUCACAACAGCAAUGUGUUACAAUUAUAAUGAUGUAAGCAUAGACUAGAUAAUACCUGCUUUUAAACUCAACUUGCAGAAAUGCUGCUGUAACCUCAAGUUCUGACCUUAAAAUAAGUUUAAAAUUGCCUUUCUUUCCAAACAAAAAAUUGAAGACAACUUUUGUGGUGUUAUAUAUGUAGGUAAUAACAUGAUUUCAAGUGCAAUUUGGUGUUAGUAAGCACAAGUAAAUUUUUAAAAAGACAAUAAAAUUGCAUGCAUGAACCUGUAAGGCUAGUGGCAAGUGUGGUUUGUGGUCAUCAAAAGAUUUAUAAGUGCUUAUUGCACCAAAUUAUGUGAGAAACAAUGUUCUUACUUGCUAAUAAUGUACAUGGAAACAUCACAGAAAGUCAAGACAGAUGUAAAUUUUUGCAGCGACAUGCGCUAUUUGUAAUUUGCACUCGUGUUACAACUUUGCACUCAUGUUACAUGAGAUUGCAUUUGUUUUCAGCCAAUCAGAAGUGCAUAAUUUUUUCAUGUACAGUAGAGUGAAAAAACUCUUCUUGAAAAGUAGAUUUGUGAUGCUGAUAAGUUAGGUUACCAUGACAAUAUUGACAUCCAUUGUGAAAAUGUAGAUGGUAUACUCACUGUGUGUGCUAAAGAUACAAUGUUUUUGAAACAAGAUAAAUUCUGGCUUUUCAUCAAUAUCUAUGUCAAUAAUAAAUAUUUAUUGUUAAAUUUCCAGCCUUUCAUCUGUGUGGGUGAUCCAUUGCAUUGCCAAUACAAGGACCUCAGGUGGGCUCUGAUAUCAUCUUUACUUUUGAAAAAAAAAAUUAAAAAUUAGUUUGCUAAGAAAUUAAUACUGUUCACUUCUGUAGCAACUGUUUUCUUUCUUGUUGCUGUAUUCAAAAUGAGAGAAAAAUAAUUCAACAAAGGGAAGAGGAAACAAGAAACAGAUAAAUAAUUUAUUGUAUUAAUAAAUGUCUGGUUUGAAACAGACAUUUUGUAAACUUACUCAACAAGUUUGGUAGGUGUUUCUUUUCACAGUUUUCAUCAUACUGUAGCAAAUUGGGCAUUGUUCUGGUAGACUGAUAUUGUUUGAAAUAAAUUUCUGUUUCUUUUCCAUACUAUAUCCAUAUAAAUAAUGAACAUCUGAAUGGUGUAAUAUAUGGUUUAUUUUUACUAGUGACAAGAGGUAUAAAACAAGACCCAAGUACGGAGAGUACAAGUAUCUUCCCAAGUCAUUAUGGUUAAGUGUUGUUUUGGUAUGUAUAAGCACCUAUAAUAAAUAGUUCUCAAAUUUAUGAAAGUAUCAGUUGCUUAGGAUAUGGGUAAUGAAAUAAAUGGAAAGAGGUAUUUUGAAUUUGUGCCAUUUGGUUCGGUUUUGUGAGUGUUUUGCCCACUUUAAUAAAUAAGAGUUUUCACUAUAGUGUAAAAUUUCGAACAUCAAUAUAAUCCUUCAUGUGCCAUAUUUCCUUGAACAAGCACCUGGGGGCUCAUUUAAAAUUUUGGUCUGAGGGGAAGUGCUUAAUGGAACAUGUGCACUCAAUUUAGGGGGGCACUUAUUAAGUUAGCACAGCAUUAGAACAAAGAUCAAAAGAUCAGAUAACAUAUAUAGAGGAACUCUUCAAGCACAUGGAGAUAGAAAUAGCUUAAAUGGAAGAGAAACUAUUCUUUUUUGAGGCUCAAAAGUUAUAAAGUGGUAAUAUAAACAGGUUCCCCUUACAUCCUGACUAUUUAAGAAAGUGAGGAAGACAGGGGGCUGUUAUUUGAGGGGUGCACUUGUUUGAAAUUAUUGCCUAGUGGAUGGGUGCUUUUUUGAGGGCAGGAGCUUAUUUGAGGAAAUACAGUAACUGCUCAAAUUUGGGGAAAUAAUAUUUUUCAAAUGAUGUGAUGUUUUAGGUUAAAAUAUUGAGAGAAUUGCUCAAUUGCUUGUUGUUACAGGCAUUGUCAAUGAACUGGGACUUUGUUAGAGUUUAUUAUUUAAACGAAGAUGAUUUACAAGGAUUUCCAGCCCUUAUAAAAGCCAUAAAUGCACACUCAAUGACUAUAAUUUUUUUUUUGGUCAAUGAGCUGCUGACACAUCAUUUGCCCAACAUCACUCAGUCAGAUUGUUGAAUUAAUGGCCACCAUUAAUUCCAUUUGAUAUUUCCUGAAUUUCAAUUGCCUUUAGACAGUAAUAAGAAUUCCUACAGGUGGUAAAUUUUAGUGGAUAAUACUGAAAAGGAGGAUAAUUUGUAUUACUCUCCUUCCUGAAAGAAAAAAUCUUGGGGAAUCAUGAAGAUUGGAAAGUUGAAAGUGUUUGAUGAUUUGGUUCUCACUGAUUGAAACAAGAUUUGGUUUCACACAGUGCGAGGCUGCAAUUUAAGGGUUUUACAAAGUUAAUUAGAGGGUUAAAUCCACAGACACAAAACAUGAAAAUAUAAGGAAGUUAGCAGGGAGAAUAACUGAUUAGAUCUUGGGAGUUUGACUCUAAUGAGAUGGUGGCACUAUUUUGACUUAUAGCAUGGGGGAGUAGCAUUCCUUUACCACCCAUGUGCCAGUACAGAGCAAAAAAUGAAGCUACGUAAAUUGGCAACCAGUUGUCUACAACGGCAUGUUAUUACACCUUAUGAGAGACUAAAUCCAUGCAAGGUGAGUGGUCAAAUUUGUUGUUAGUGUUCAGUAAAUUAGAGAGUAACUCCUUUGUUAACCUUUCUCCCAUGAGUGACCAAGACAGAAUUUCUCCUUAAAAUAUCAAUACAAUAUCAACCAUAUAAGUGAUGAGAAUAAAGAAAAAUAUAAGGGUUGAGAGAUUCAACCGACAUUUUAUGAAAGAAUAGAAUAAUUAUGUGAACAUUACCCAGAACCCCAUAUCUGCAAUUGUUGCAUGUAUGGUUGACAUGGUUUGGGUCUAAGAGCAAGAUUUGGUCUGGUCAUUAUGUUGUGUUAUUGGGCAAGAAAAAGAAAAUUUCCUCCCACAGUGCCUCUUUCCACCCAAGAGUGUAAAUAAAUGGUUACCAGCUGACUGGUAAGGAGGCACAAUGAUAUGCAUGUGGAGGGGGAAAAAACCCUGCAAUAGACUAACAUCCAAUUCUUGGAAGAGUAGCAAUACUCCUAUUUCUUAUAGAAAUGAUACAGAAAUGGGGAUAAGCUUGCAAAUAGACAAAAUUUAGUACUUAAUUUUAUUUAUUGGUUGGUGUGCUGGAUAGUGAAUGGUAAAAGACAUGUUUGUGACCCAGUGAGGCUUAGAAGGAAUCAGUUUAUUUUAUAAUUUCUCGGCCGAUGUUUUACCCUCGAAGUUUCUUUCUUUCCAAAUGCAUUCCUGAUUUAAUACCCUGGAUAAUCUUUGAUGGAUUAGGAUCUUGUUAAGAAAGAGACAUGAUGCAAUAUUUGAUUCCUGAAUUCGAGAAAAUUGGCCUAGAAAUUCAAGAAUUAGUUUGUCUUAUUUGGUGUUGUGUUUGUUUCAGCCAAUUGUCAUGGUAGCAUGGAGCUGCUUUUAUUCAUCAUCAGAAGUAGAUAUUGAAAAAGGAAAAGAGUGGAUCAAGCAAAAGGCCAUGAAGGGCCCUGCUACUCAUGUAACAGAAAAUGGGCAAUAUAAAGAUGGAAUUAAGAGCCAAGCUGAAACAGUAUCAGAUAAGCAUGACACUCUCCUCUGUCCUGAUGACAUAAAUGUAAGCAGAUUUCAGUGAUGUGCUUUGAACAAGGAGAGUGAUGUUUGAUUGUGCAGUAAUUCUAUGGAGGACUGUUGUCAGUUGAAGUGACUACCAGUAACCUUACAACAGCCAUAGUGAGCCAUCAGUAACUACUACUGUCCUUCUCAGUACUUAUUUCACUUGGAGGAUCCAACUACACUAUCAAAUGCUUCCCACUCUGCACUAUGAAAAUUUUGUGGGUUUUGGUUUUUUUCGAAUUUUGUUAAUUGUCCUUAGUACCUAGAAACAAGUUCCAAUGGGAACAAAAAAAUUGCAGAAUAAAGCAUGGCAAAAAUUUACCUCCUUCUCUCCAAAGAUUGCAAUUGAGACCUAGGACAGUAAACAAGGGUUAGGGUUUACUUGCUGAUGAUGAGAAAUUGUUACUGACACCCUUGAUUACUGUAAAUACAGGCGUUCAAGCCAUUCUUUCCUCUGUACAAUUCCUAAGUUGCUGACAAGGAGGAUGUGUGUAACAGCUUCUCAAGUUAAUGAUCACUUCCUUGAUUCUUGUGACCUUAAUGUUUGAAUCAAGUCUGAUAUCAUAAGGAGAAAUUAGAUGCUAGUCACUCUUAGGGGUCCAAUUGUGAAGCUCUCCACUAUUACCUAAAGGUACCAUGCACAUGUGUCGAUGAAGGAAUUUUUACCUGAGAGUCUUUCACUCUUAUUUAAAAAAGCUCAGUAUGUACUGUUUUUUGUUUGUUUGUUUUUUUUAUUAGUCAAUGAUCAAGUCGCGCAAAGGAGAGAGUCAAUCCACAAGUGGCAUAGAGCAAGAUGCAUCUCAAGAAAAUGAGAGGCAAAGUAGUCAGGGAUCUAUCUCAAUUCAAAACACAGAAGAGUUUGUGAUAGUGAAUGAGAGGGUGACAAGCAACCACAAAUUUGAUACAUCGAAUGCAGCAUGGGCUCUGGGAAGUGUAAUAUUUUUAUGUCUGGUCCUUGGUGGCGUAUUAUUCUACACCAGGCCAUGGCAAAACAGAGAUCACUGGUGGACACUAGAUGAUUAUAACAGUAACACAAAGUUUAGUUUCAUGAAAGCAAGAGGCCUUCGAUGGAAAUCAAGAACACCUCCAAAUAAAAGGACAGCAGGGUAUUCUCGUUUAUUGAGCGCAAUACCUGAAGAAUUUGAAGAUGACAUUUAAUACAAAAAUUUAUUUAUUUGAUAAUAAGUUCCUUUUAGUGGACAUCAGAAGGUGUUUAGUCACAUGUAACAUAAUUCAGGGUCUUAAGUAAGCCAAAAAUCUUAUAAGAAUCAUUAUACUUUCUCUGUUACAUAGAUCUAGAUACCCCAAUAUUCAAUGCACUUUUGAUAUAUUAUUAUUUAUAAUAAGUUUAUACCUCACAUGUGAAUAGUUCUUUUGGCAUGUGCUGAUUGGCUGAUUUAGAAGAGAUUAACUAGUACUGUUCACCUCCCAACAGCCAAAGAGACAAAAUUGUAGGUCAACAAUUUAAUUUGCAACCAUCUUUUGCUAUAUUAACAGAAAUAAACUGACUUUUUGGGGUUUUGUGUGAUAUAUAACAAAACAAUGUUUGGGUGAAAGUGCUGGAUAUUUAUUGUGUAGCUUGGUAAAUAUCUACCACUUUGCACCUACAUUUUGGUGAACAAUUGUUUAUUUUUACUCCUGGUGUGCAUACAUUUGAAGUAUGUUGGCUAUUUUUUAUAUUAAUUCUGAGAUCCAUUUUGGGAUUGCUUUGGUAUGGUGUAAUAUUUUCUAUUCAAUUUGUUUAAAGUUGCAUACUGAUACAUAAAUAAAGGAUGGGUCCAUGCAAAAAAGUAAUUAUAUUCUUUAGGCUUUCAUAAUGGUUGGGAAAAUUGUACUUUUGAAGGUUUAGGAAACAUUCAAUCAGUGAUAAUUAUGAUAUUAACAUUAUGGACAACUUUUCAUAUGAAAUUGUUUGCUUACUAGCACCAUUUUUAUGUAAAACUUCCCCAUUGUAGUUUGGAAUGGGUAGAAACAGCCUACUUAUACAAUUUGUUUUUUUGAAGGUAUACAAGGUAAGCUGUGUGAAACAUAAACUACUGCUGUAAAUCGUUUCACAGGUAAACAGAAAAUACGUACAAAAUACAAACUUUGUUGAAGAUUUAGUUUGAUU